CUGGCCUAGAGAGUGGCGGGCAGCAUUCGUGGCGAGCCCUCUAUCCGACGUCUUCUCUAGUCGCAUACCCCAAUCCCCACUGGAAGGCUCGUUUAGCGGACUACAUAUCGGAUAGUCUGAUCAUUCCGACUUGAAAGGACUAUGAACUAUCUGCGCGGAGCACUUAGCGCCGCCUCGCAGUACUACCGCGACAUCAACCCGUCCACACUGACUGGCGCCAUCGACGUCAUCGUCGUGCGGCGCGAAGUACCUUCUCAAGAUGGGGUCGAGGGCAACACUACCGAGGAACUUGUAUGCAGUCCAUUCCAUGUCCGAUUUGGCAAAUGGCAAGUUCUGCGACCUGUCGACAAGAAGGUCAAGGUCAUGGUUAACGGCCACGAGAUCCCGUUCAACAUGAAGAUCGGCGACGCGGGCGAGGCGUUCUUCGUAUUCGAGACGGACGAUGAUGUUCCGGAGGAUCUUAUCACAAGUCCUAUAUUGGAGGCGACGCGACCUGGACAAUCUAAUGUUCAUGUUGAAGCAGGCAGAUUCGGUGCGAAGGAAGAAGGUGGACAAGGCAAGGAAGUGCAACCAUCAGAGUCGGAGAAAGAACUAGGAGAACCAGAACCAUUAGAUCUUGAUUCUCCGUCACCAAGUGCUGCAAAGUCUACUCGUCCAUCGGGCCUUACUCUUUCACGACCUCCUGCAACCCCUGAGUCACCUUCUCCCUCCCCAAACGGCCCCAAACCAGAAGAUGAGCACGGAACAAGCGACGAUGAAAAUUCCCUUACUCCUUCAAGACUCAUUGGCAAGACUGCAGGGCUCGGAAAGGCCGUAGUAAAAGCAGCGGUUGAAGCGGAACGUGAUGAACGCCAGCGUAUGCACGAUCGCGCAGAUGCAGCAAGGUACGCUGCUUCUCAUGCGUACGAAAGCCUCAACAACCUAAGAGAAGGAACGGGAAUUCCCGGGUUUGGUGACAGUGAUAAGGGAGAUGAGGCGCUGCCACCUGUGAAGAAAGGCGAAGGCGAGCCACCUGAGGUCGUGUAUUCGGAUGGUAUGGUCCUUGAUGCAGCUGGUUAUCACUCAAAGAGUGAGCCUCCUUCGCCGGGCACUCGUCAGCGACCGUCUAGGCAUAGUUCGCCCUCCACUGCUGAAGAAACGGACGAUUACGAUUCUUAUGGAGGACGAUCAACGCCGAGAUCCGGUGACCCAUCUACGCAGGCCACACCUACUCAGUCACCUGAUACAUCAAGGUCUCCUAGUCCGUGCGGUCGUCGCCAUUCUAUAACAAAGCAUGAUGGUGAUCGACGCACAAACCUUCCUGCUUUCCGCGCGUCCUCGGAACCCCCAGAUGCUGACCGAACAUCAGAGGGUUCACCACCUCCAGCUUAUUCUUGGGAAUGGGGCGCUUUCCCCACGCCAUCCCCCAUGAAGUCUACCUUCUCGCCGGCUUUGCUCGAGUCGUUAGAAACACAGCGCAGUGUCAGCGUCCCGCCCGAGCUUUCACUCGAAAUGGAUGCUACGCAUCCGCCCUCUCCGAUCCGCGCUAAGACGACUGAUAUUUCAUCUGUAUCCGGCUAUGCAUCCCUGCCCGACGAGCCAACUUUCUAUGGAGAAGGCGCUGAACUCAGUGCGGAUGAGACAAACGGUCGGCGAUUCCUGCUAUCAAUUGGCGGGAGGACAUAUGACUUCGAGCUCAGUAUUUCGGAGGAACUAGCUGCAGUAGGUGGCAGAGGCAGCGGUGAUGAGCUGCUCGAUGCUCGACUAUUUCGAGAUGGACAAGUUUCGUUUCGCAGGUUCAUCAAGUACCCGGCGGUGAUACAAGACAGAAAUCUUGUAAUCAGAUGGAACGAUAAAUACGUAACACGGCAGGAUGGUUCGGUGCUGAUGGACUGUCUCGUCAAGUGGCGGGAAGCAGCGCUUGCAAAACCAGUAAAUGCACGGGCGCUGGAAGAAGAGGAGCCUUUGUCAUCUUCCGAUGAGCAAGAAAUUGAGACUGGGAAGGCACACGCACCGCAGAAGAAAUCAUCUUCAUCUUGGGUACGUUGGUGGAGAUCCAGCAGAGCAGAUCCACAACCGCAAUCUUCCUCUGCAGAUGCAACGCCGAUCGCAAUACGCGCUGGUCAGAGUGAGAAGGUUGACGGGAAGCGUCCUCCGUUCAUCCCGUCGAAUUCGGCACCUCCAACCUCGGAUGGGCCAAGUAGUGCACCCAUUCCUUUCCCUACCAUGGGUGACUCUAAAAGAGACGUGGAUGUGAGGAGUAACGACGAGAUAAAGCCAUCAAAGCCAAAGAAGCGUUUCGCGAAGACAUUACGAUUAACUUCCGAUCAACUUAAACAACUCGAGCUGAAGCCCGGGAUGAAUUCCAUCACGUUCUCGCUGUCUGCUUCCGGUGCGGCUGCAUGCACUGCGAGCAUCUUUCUAUGGGAAUCCACAGACUCGGUUGUUGUAUCCGACAUUGAUGGAACUAUCACGAAAUCCGAUGCAUUGGGUCAUGUCUUCACCAUGAUUGGACGUGAUUGGACGCAUAUAGGCGUGGCAAAGCUGUACACUGACAUUUGUCGUAACGGAUACAAGGUCAUGUAUCUGACCUCCCGUGCGAUCGGCCAGGCGGACUCGACACGAUACUAUUUGAAAGGUAUCAACCAGAAUAACUAUCAGCUUCCCGAGGGUCCAGUCAUCAUGAGUCCUGACCGACUUAUGGCAUCCUUUCAUCGAGAGGUGAUCAUGAAGAAGCCUGAGGUUUUCAAGAUGGCCUGUCUACGGGAUAUUCAGCGGCUUUUCGGCGAGGAUAAGAAUCCGUUUUACGCGGGAUUUGGCAAUCGCAUUACUGAUGCCCUAUCAUACCGAAGUGUGAACAUCCCGAGUCAACGGAUCUUCACAAUUGACUCAACAGGUGAAGUGAAGAUGGAACUGCUUGAGGUUGCUGGAUACAAGUCUUCGUAUAUCCACCUGACGGACCUCGUCGACCAAAUGUUCCCACCCAUUCAUCGAAAGACGGCUCCUGAAUACACGGAUUACAAUUUCUGGAAGUCUCCGCUACAGGAAUUCGCAUUACCUGUUCUAACGCCCCCGCCUUCGUCACCCGCUCUGAGUGCCCGUUCAGAUGCGUCUAUGUUGACGUUCACGCGGCUUCGGAACUUUAGUCUGCGGCAAAGUACAAGUUCGAUAUUCCAGCAGCCAGGGACUUCACCGACCCGGAAUUCAAAGGAUGGAGAUCGCGGAAUGAGGGAGAUGAACUCUCUGGAACGGUUAAGCAACCGGCAUACACGAAGCACAGAGACGCUUGCCGAGAACGCAUGGUCAGAACGGGAACGAGGACGCGGAUGGGGCCACUCCGUAGAGGAUAGAGAAGAAACAAGUAGAGAGAGGCGCGCGCGCAAGCGUCUGAGCUUGGACAGUAUGCCUGGGUCAUUGUCGGGCUCGCAAGCAGACUUCGAGUUUGAUGAAGAGGAGGAAGAUGAGCAAGGAUAUGACGGUGACGAGAAUUACGAUGAGCAUGAAGGCGGUGAUGGACAGGAUAAGAGACGACAUUACGAAAUAGAGACUGAGGAUCCGGAGGAAGCCGCUGAAGAGGGCUUUGACGACGACCUUCUGGCGACUGGGGAGAUGGAGAGUGUUCCUUUCUUGUAACAUUUUUAAUUAGCAUACCGAAGCCUCACUAACGAUUUUCACGCUCGACGUAUUCGCAUUCUGCAUUAUCAUAGAUACGCAUUCGUAAACUGCAAUGACAUGUACGUGUAUAAAUGUAGAUACAUACAUACAAUUUGACACUGCCCUGCUCUGCUUUGUGUAUGUAUAAAUAUCGGGAUUCUGUAGUGGGCGGUGCAGAUCAGUCAA